AUGUCCAUAACGAGUGCGGUCGCGAACGCGCACGCCGCUGCCGCGGCCGGCGCAGGCAAGAAGGCGGCGCAGGUGCAGUUGCAGGCGGAGCUGGCCACCGACGACGAGUGGGGCAAGUUCCUGCACAGAGAUGGACUGCUCGUUGUGGAUGUGUAUACUGAAUGGUGUGGGCCGUGCAUCGGGAUGGUGGGCAACCUCAAGAAGAUCAAGGUGGAGAUUGGCGGAGACAACCUCCAUUUAGCUGUGGCAAAAGCGGAUACCAUUGAAUGCCUAAAGAGGUUCAGAAACCGGAGUGAACCAACGUGGAUGUUCCUCGCGGGUGGACAAUUGGUGAACGUGGUGUUUGGCGCAGAUGCACCUAGAUUGGCGCGCACCAUCGUUGAGGAGUUAAAGAACGAGGAGCUCGUGAAGAAGGGAGAGAAAGAACGACCUCAGCGAGCACCUCACGAGUUGACUCCACCGGAAUUGGAGGUAGCACUGGCCCGAGAGAAGCUACUCCAAGAGCGUCGCGAGAAGGAAACAGCUGCGGCCGAAGCAGCGCGACUGGGAAGGAGAGAAAAGCGCGCCGUUCGCCUUGAGGCUCACUUCGCGGAUAUCUGCCCCGGACUCAUGAUGCCGCAUGCGCAGAAGAAUCUUAGGAAAGUCUCUGAUACUCUCGAGCCUUAUGGUGUAUUGGUAGCUGAUAAAUGCCCACUAGUAUUGGGCAAAGACGGAGCAAGAAUUCUCGCCAUGGAAGACCCAGAGUUCGCGCAGCCCGAAGCUGCGGCCGCCCUCGCAGAAAGACCUUCUCUAGCUUUGCUGCUCAAAAAAAUGCCAGACAAAGAAGGAAACAUAAUUGAAUUGGCGCGCCGAGCACUUUUCGGUGACGGUUUAGAUGCAGAAGAUGAACAACGCAAUAAAGUCGCAGCUGAAGAACUUAGAGCUAACGGCAUGCCAGGGCUAUUUGUGCCCGCUGAUCGUCAUCAGAGAGCUUCGAUUCUAGACCUACUAUUCCCUAAGAUGGUCGGAGCUUUAGUCCAGCCGCCCACCCCUCCAGAACCACCGCACAUCGCCAUGGUGUUCGGUGCGUGGCAACGAAGGGCCAUCCUCCAAAUCGUGGCAGCCCCAAACUUGGCUUCCAGGAUACUACGCUAUGGAUUCUUUGCUGAUGCCAAUAUAAAGGAGCCCAAACUUUUGUGCAAAAAUAUCGACAAAUAUGAGGAAAGACCUGAAAAAGAUCAUUCAGAAACCAUAAUCCUCAUGGUAGCCGUAGGAGUGGCAGAACCUUUACUGGUGGAGCCCAAGGAUAUUCCCCCUGACGGCCCACCAGACGAGCUGAUAACCCUGGGUCCGCUACACGUGAGUGAGGACACCGUAGUGGGAGCUGAGGAAUGCGAGAGAUUCUUCCCGCCAGGAUAUAGUGAACCGGAGCAUAAGCCAAGACCAAAGUCUAAGAAGAAGAAGAAGAAGCGUCAGGAGACCAAAGAUGAGGCAGAGCAAGGUGGAAGCGUGGACACGGCUGACACGCUCGACGACGCCGACAACGGCGGGGAGGGCUCCCCCGAUGGCGAAGGAGAGGGGGACGUGGAGGGAGACCCCGAUGGCGACGAGAACGGGGAUGCGGAUGAAGAAGAGGAAGAAGAUACGCACGUGGAUAAAGCGACCUCUCCGCCGCCCACCGCGACUUAG